UGAUUGGUCGAACGAUGGAGGAGGCGGGACAAACAAUGGCUCAACACUGAGUUCACGUGAGGGGAGCUUCACAUAGAUUGAGGAAGUCCUGCAUUCUUUACCGAGUGGAAGUAAGUCAGUGGAUUUAGUUAUCCCGGAUUUUGUCAAAAUUGACGAUCAGAGGCGGAGAAGGGGCGAAGAACAGUAGUGCUGCUGCACUGGUCAAAACACAGAAUGGCUGCACUGCGUCGUCUGAGGCAGUGCCGCCCCUCAGGCAUUGCUAUGUCUCAUUUUCACACAAGCAGCUGUGCCUCUGCCAGACAGCACUACAAAAUGCUUGUGCUCGGAGGAGGAAGUGGGGGCAUUUCUAUGAGUGCACGGAUGAAGAGGAUGAUGGGAGCUGAGAAUGUAGCUGUUGUGGAGCCGAGUGAGAUGCACUACUAUCAGCCUAUAUGGACCCUGGUUGGUGCUGGUGCAAAAACUUUGACCUCAUCAGGUCGUUCCACUGCGAGUGUUAUGCCGUCCGGAGUGAAGUGGGUGAAAUCUAAAGUUCAGGAAAUAAACCCAAACACAAAUACUGUCCGCACAGACGAUGGGAGUGAAAUCUCAUAUGAGUAUUUGAUUGUGGCGCUUGGUUUACAACUCCAUUAUGAGAAGAUCAAAGGACUGCCAGAAGGAUUUGAACAGCCAAAGAUUGGGUCAAACUACUCGGUUCAAACCGUGGACAAAACGUGGAAAGCACUGCAGGACUUCAAAGAGGGCAACGCUGUGUUCACUUUCCCAAAUACUCCUGUGAAAUGUGCUGGAGCACCACAGAAGAUCAUGUAUCUAACAGAUGCCUUUCUCAGAAAAACAGGAAAAAGGGAUAAGGCCAAUAUAAUAUUCAACACAUCGCUACCUGUGCUCUUUGGGAUCAAGAAAUAUGCUGACUCUUUGUGGGAUAUUGUGAAACAGCGAGACCUACAAGUGAAUCUAAGGCAAAACCUGAUUGAAGUGCGUGCAGACAAGCAAGAAGCUGUGUUUGAAAAUCUUGACAAACCAGGCGAAACCAACGUGAUUGAGUAUGAAAUGCUUCAUGUCACGCCACCAAUGGGACCCAAUUUAGUGGUUAAAGGCAGUCAACUGGCAGAUGAAGCUGGCUGGUUGGAUGUCAACAAAGACAACCUCCAACAUAAAAGGUAUCCAAAUGUGUUUGGGAUUGGAGACUGCACAAACCUGCCCACCGCCAAAACGGGCGCUGCUGUCGCUGCACAGACUGCUAUCUUGAACAGAAGCAUCAGCAAAGUGAUGAAAAAUGAGAAGCCAGAUAGGACGUAUGAUGGCUACACCUCGUGUCCGUUGGUCACAAGCUACAACACAGUGAUUCUGGCCGAGUUUGACUACAGCGGACAACCACUGGAAACAUUCCCCGUCAACCAAGCCAAAGAAAGCAGAAUCAUGUACCACAUGAAAGCCGAUGUGAUGCCUCACCUCUAUUGGCAUGGGCUUCUACGGGGCCUGUGGGGUGGACCAGCACCAUACAGGAAACUGAUGCAUCUUGGGAUGAAAUGAAACCUCACCAUCCGUUUGCAAGUUAAUACUUAUAUUCAUAUAUCUAUAUCUAUAUCUAUAUCUAUAUCUUUUGGUUCUUUUGGCAGCACAUUGAAUGUACGGUCUUGCUUCUGUCAUCUACCUCAUUAUCUAACCAGCAAUGAGAUUUCUUUACAAGCUAGUAGGUUUCACCUAAGUCCCACAGCCUAACUGAACUUCACCAGGAUCUUACAAAGUUUAUUAUCUGUAGUUCAUGUGCUGACGUACAUCCAAUAAACUGACCUUUGGUCACAUAGUGUAAAUGAACAAUUAAAAAUGUUUAUGUUUGGGUACAAUUUACAUGAUGAUUUGUUUUUUCAGGAUAUUGGAGCGAUGCUCAACUCUAUAGCUGUAAUUAAUAUCGACCAGUCAUAUAGUGUUGUGUUGAAAGUAAUAAUGCAUCACAGUAUACAGAUAUGCUCUUUUUCAGAUUGCUAAAGAAAGAAAGUGUUUGUACUGGUGGAAGUCUGUUAUUAUGAGUGUACUUCCUUGGCAAUUUUCGAUUUUGGUAGUCUUCAGGUUUGUCUCCAGCUCUGGGAAAAUGUUGUGCUCUUUUUUUAAUACUAUGUUAGUUAUUUGUGCGUCAAAACCUUUUUUUCUUCUUCUUUUGUCUUUGUGAAUACUUGACCAUUACUGAGCAAACUACCAUAAGUGCUUUUCUUACUCUUAAGCAUCAGUCAGAAAAUAUUGUGUUUGACUGAGUUAUAAACAAAUUGGUGGUAAUCCAGUUAGUGUCAGUGUUCAUUAUUGUAUUAAGAUGCAUUACUCUUUAUAAAUAAAAACAAUGUGAAUACUUAUAAACUCAUUGUAAUUAUGCUAUUAAAGUAUAAAACUGAA